AUGGCAAGGCCACAUGUUAUGGUUGUACCUUACCCAGUACAAGGGCAUGUGAUUCCUCUAAUGGAGCUUUCUCUUUACUUAGCCAAACAAGGUAUCAGAAUAACUUUUGUAAACACCAAGGAUAAUCAUGAGAGGAUAGUGAGUUCACUUCCAAGUGGAAAUGAUUUGUUAUCUCAAAUUAGUCUAGUAUGGGUAUCUGAUGGAUUAGAAUCAUCUGAGGAGAGGAAAAAACCAGGGAAAUCAUCUGAAGGAGUCUUGAAGGUUAUGCCAGAGAAAGUUGAGGAGCUUAUUGAAUGCAUUAAUGGAUCAGAGAGUGAAAAGAUUACAUGUGUCCUUGCUGAUCAGAGCCUUGGAUGGGCCCUUGAGAUAGUAGAGAGGAAAGGAAUUCAAAGAGCAGCAUUUUGUCCUGCAUCAGCAGCACAAUUGGUGUUGGGAUUGAGCAUCCCCAAAUUGAUUGAUAAUGGGAUCAUUGACAAAGAUGGAACUCCACUGAAAAAACAGGUCAUUCAGCUAUCACCCACAAUGCCAAGCAUAAGUACAGAAAACCUUGUCUGGGUUUCCCUGGGGAACAAGAUAGCUCAGAAGCAUAUUUUUCAGCUCAUGGUUAAAAACAUAAAAUCUACACAGAAAAUUGAAUGGCUUCUUUGCAAUUCCACUCAUGAACUUGAGCCUGCUGCAUUUUCUCUGGCUCCAGAAAUCACACCCAUUGGGCCAGUUUUAUCAAGGAAUCAAUUUAAACACUCAGCAGGAAACUUCUGGCCACAAGAACUGAGUUGUUUGAAAUGGCUAGAUCAACAGCCACCAAAUUCAGUAAUUUAUGUUGCAUUUGGAAGCUUCACAACUUUCGAUCCUACACAGUUCCAAGAACUGUGUUUAGGCCUUGAACUGUCCAAUAGACCUUUCUUGUGGGUUGUGCAACCAGACAUCAUAGAAGGGACCAAAAAUGCAUAUCCAGAAGGAUUUGAGGAAAGAAUGUGUAAACAAGGUAGAAUGGUGAAUUGGGCACCACAACAAAGAAUUCUGAGCCAUUCUUCUGUUGCUUGCUUCAUAAGCCACUGUGGUUGGAACUCCACAUUGGAAAGUGUCAGCAAUGGGAUCCCUAUCUUGUGUUGGCCUUACUUUGCUGAUCAAUUUCUAAAUAGGAACUAUAUAUGUGAUGUUUGGAAGGUAGGAUUGGGGCUUGAACGAGAUGGAAGUGGUGUAAUCACGCAGUGUGAAAUCGGAAGUAAAAUAGAGAAGCUUUUGAAUGAUGAAGGCUUGAAAGCAAGGGCUGCAGAUCUCAUGGUGAAGGUUCAAAUUAGUACUGGCCAAGGUGGUUUGUCAAACAAUAAUCUGAAUAGUUUCAUCAGGUGGAUAAAAACAUAGAGUUUCGACUCACACCCAUUUGUUAGAUUGUUACUACUUUUUUUGCUAGAUGAUGUGGGUGAGGAACCUUCAGCUUUUAGAAAUGAGAAUGAACUAUGGAGGAAGAAGGAUUAUACAUCCAAGAUUGAAAGGCUUUGUAGAGAAUGAGAAGCCACUAGUGCUGUAACAUGUCUUACUAUGGUGUUCUUUGGCCUUGACCAUAAAUUGGAAGAUAUAUAAAACACAACUACAAAUGUAGAACACUUACACCAACAUAAAUGGCAAUCACAUAGUUUGAAAUA